GUACAAUCGUGUUAGGAGAGUGAUAGUGGUAGGAUGGAUUCCUUGUACGAGCGCGCGAUAGCCGAAGUAGGUCAAGAAGGAAAAUUUCAAAUAACUUUUGAUAUUUUUUAUAAUGUUUUGCUGUCUGGAUUGUGGUCAAUGGCGUAUAACAAUAUAAUAUUGGCGUUAACAAUUACCCCGCAUAUUUGCAAGCUACCUCAAAAACCAACGAAUGUGACUGAAUAUUAUUGGAAGUCGAAAUACAUUCCAACUCUCGAAGAUGCUGUUGGAGCUAAAAAGUUUAGUGACUGUUUGAUUUACACUAGCCAAGAGUUGAAUAAAACUAAAGAAUGUGAAAUUUUCGACUACGACCGCACCUGGUUUGAGUCAACCAUCCCAUCUGAAAAUAAUUGGGUUUGCAGCAAUGAAAUAAACGUAGCAAAUAUUUUUGCUUAUAGCAAAAUCGGAGAAAUUAUAGGAUCUUUUGUCUUCGGGUGGUAUGGAGACGUGUACGGCCGUAGACUCACGUACAUUAUUUCUUUAGCUAUGCUAGUAAUAGGUCGUUUUAUGUCAAUAUUGGCGAGUUCUUCAUUUGUAUUAUUCGCUACUGGCUGCAUCAUAGCUUCUUUACCAUCGUGGUCAGCUACGCAAAGUACAGCUAUUGUAUCGUUGGAAAUAUCGUCUCCUAAACGGCGAGCCAGUGUCGCAAAGUUGAGAUUAAUAUCCAUGAGCCUCGGAAUGUGUCUAAUGCCUAUAUUUUACUUGUGGUUUCGAAAAUGGAAACCUUUUAUGAUUGUCACUACGGCAACGCAGAUACCUUAUUUAUUAUUUUCUUGGAAAUUAAUUGAAUCACCACAGUGGCUUUGGGUUAAUAGAAAAACAAAGGACUGUAUUAAAAAUCUCAAGCGUAUAGCCAAAGUAAAUAAAACCAGACUUAGUUCCGCUACAGAGGAAGAAAUACUUACAAGUGGGGUAGCUGAGGCUAAUGAAACAGAGGUUUUAGGUCCAUUGGCAUUAUUUUCUGGUUGGCGCUUAGCUACUAACACUAUAUUGCAAUUGUUUUUAUGGGUCUGCGUUUCCAUCAAUUAUACCGUGGUGUUAUUGAGUUCCGCAGAAAAGUCCAACGGAAAUCCAUUUUUGGACUUUGCAUGGCAAUCUUUAGCAGAAAUACCUGGUUUCUUCAUAGCAUCUUGGCUUGCAAAUAAUAUCGGUCGACGAUAUACAGGAGUUAUUUCGACUGCCAUCACUGCAUGUAUUUGGAUUUUUUAUGGUAUUCGUGAAAUUUAUGUUGCAGAUUGGUUAAAUAGACAAUGGUUGGGAAGUUCAUUGGUUUUUAUAAAUAGAUUGACGAUUACUAUUUCAUACUACAUAAUCAAUUUGUUCAACAUGGAACUAUAUCCAACGUGCCUUAGGCAAACAGGAAUGUCUUUAGGCAAUGUUGUGAGUGGUGGAGCGGGAGCAAUAGCUCCUUAUAUUUUGUAUCUGGGUCGUCGUUAUAGUGCACAUUAUCAGAGUGCUAUUCUAAUAAUAACGACAAUAUUUGGUGGAAUCUUGACAUCCUUCUUUUUGCCUGAAACUUUGAAUGCAAAACUACCGGAAACGUUUGAAGAUGCACAAAGAUUUGGCCGGCGUCGAAGAACUAAAACAUUUUACAUGUCUGUUAAUUUAAAAAACGAAACAAUUGAUUCAAAUUUGCCAAAUAUGUGACAUAAGUGAAGUCUAAGGACAGCUGAGGGACAGAACCAUGUUUAGUUUAUUUACAAAAGCCGCGGUAUUGCUGUGGGGCUUAAACUCAGUUAUUAAUGUCGAACGCAAAGUUAUAAAAUAUUAUUUUUUUAUGUUUAUAAUGCAAUUAUAUUAACCCAUGGAGAAUAAUAG